GCCGAGUCGUUCCUCGCGACCCGCUCCUGCUUUGCGCGCUCCCUCGCCGUGGUGACCGUCGUCGGGCACCUCCUCGGCAUCGGAGACCGCCACCUCGAGAACUUCAUGGUGGAGGAGGCGAGCGGCCGCGUCGUCGGCAUCGACUUUGGCCACGCGUUUGGCUCGGCGACCCACCAGCUGCCACAGCCGGAGCUGAUGGGCGUGCGGCUCACUCGCCAGCUCACCUCCUUCCUCCGGCCGCUCGACUCGGGCGUGCUGCUCAAGGGGCACAUGGUGCUCGUGCUGCGCACGCUGCGAGCCCAGCGCGACGAGCUCCUGCGCGUGAUGGACGUGUUUGUCUCCGAGCCGAACGUC